GUAGCCCUUUUGAUCAUUAACAAUGAGAGUACUUGUCUGAAUAGGGUGUGCCCAUUAGUGUGCCCACUUACAUUAGGUGUUGCCAUCAGAGUGCAACUUUUCAUCAUGUAUUCCCAUCACAUCAGGUGUGCCCAUCAGAGUGAUCCUUUUACAUCAGUUGUCCCCAUCAGAAUACCUCUUUACAUCAGGUAUCCCCAUCACAGUGCCACUUUACAUCAGAUAUUCCCGUCAGAGUGCCCCUUUACACUCAAAGUACCCCUUUCCAUCAUAUUUCCCCAUCAGAAUGCCCCUUUACAUCAUAUUCCACAUCAGUGUGCCCCUUUCCAUCACAUGUGCCCAUCAGAGUGCCCCUUUCCAAAGUAUGCGUCCAUUUGUGCCCCCUUAACAUAAAAUGUGCUCAUCAGAGUGCCCCUUAACAUAA